UGUGGGGUGAAGCGUUGGGUUGGGAAAUGGGGAGGCUGCGGGGCAGAGCCAGGGGUUUAAUAGGGCUGGAAAAGUGGGGAAGGACAGGGGGGCUAUAGCGAUAGCAGACCAGCCCUGGGGAGUUGUUUGUGGGCCGUGGAGCUGAAGGGAGAUGCGGGCACUGGAGGGAUACGAAGGGAAGUUGCGUUCUGGCAGAGUGUUGUCUCCAUAGGAUCCUGAAUGGCUCCGAUUAAAAUCAGCUACGUGGUGUCCUUCUCCUCCCAGGACCCCAAGUACCCGGCAGAGAACCUGCUGAGUGAGGAUGGCAUACGGCCCUGGCUUGGCUGCCCCAAGAAGCGCAGCAGGCAGCUGAGUGUGGAGCUGCAGCUAGAGAGAGCCAGUCCCAUUGGCUACGUUGACAUUGGGAACUAUGGCUGCGCCUUUCUACAAAUUGAAGUUGGACGCUCCUCAUGGACCCGUGACCAGCCCUAUCUCACCUUGGUGCCUACUGUCACACUGAUGACACCAGCUGACUCGAAGCUGGACCAGAAUCGCUAUGGGGUUCGAAUGUUUAAGGAAGCAGAUUUCUCGGAGCUGACGGUGGGGCAGAAGUGGGACCGCGUGCGGCUCACCUGCAGCCAGCCCUUCAGUCCGUGCAGCCGCUUCGGGCUCUCCUUCAUCCGCCUGCGCACACCACAGGAGCAGGAGCCUGACCCCCCCCGGCCACCCCUGGACGCAGAGGAUGCCGAGCUCUCAGACAGACCCCGGUGCUCCAGCCCUGCCUUUCACCAGACUUCCUUCCCUGAACCAUGCUUGAGAUCCAGGGAGGAGGAGCAGCUGAGGAGCUGCCUGGGGAAGCUGGAAGGGGCUGCCUGGAGCCGCUCUGCCCGGAUGGUGCUGCUGGCAGCGCAGAACCAGGCGCUGAGGCCCAGAGCUGGCACAAGCACACUGGAGGCUCACCUGGAGCCGCUCAACAAGGAUGGGGGAGGUCCUGCAGUGCCAGGCUCUUCACUGGAUGUCCCUGCAGUUCUUCCAAGCACCUGCAGGCAGCUGGACAGGCACUGUGCUCCCAGCCCUGUUGGCAGGGCUCCAGCUGCCACCUCGAGGACACCCAGGGUGAAAGGAAGAGCCCGAGGCCCCCGGGAGAGACGCGUCAGGAGGAGUGACAGGGGCCAGGCCAGCAGUGACAGGGAGACAGGUGUCUGCCCCAUCUGCUCAGGCUGCUUCCUGCUGGAUCUGCUCCCCACACACGCCUCUCAGUGUGGAGAAGACCCCACCGCAGCCUGGCCUUUCUUGUCCCCUGAUGCCUCUUUCUUGUCCCCUGAUGCCUGGGUGUCCUGCCCCAUUUGUCAGCUGCCCUUCAGCGUGGCAGAGGUGGAGCAACAUGCCAGCAACUGUGGGGAGACACCAGGGGCCCUGUACUCACCCCAGGGCCUGCAGUAG